AUGGCGUCGGAGAAUGGUGUGCGUUGGACAUGGGCGGAGGCAAAGCAGAGAGAGUCAGGAUUAGAGGGGUGUGGGGUGAGGGAGUCGGCUUGGCCGGUGGGGGUUAGGUGGAGGGAGACGGUGGAAGAAGAGAGAGUGUUGAGGAGGGGUUUGAUACCACUCCAGGGGUUUGAUACCACUCCGAGUCAGGCCGUUUCAUAUCCUCUUGAUCUCCGGUCUCUACGCCUCUCCCCUUUCGGUCAAGGAUCACAUAUAAUCUUGAAGAAAGGAUUGAUUGUUGGAGUUGAGUAUCCACAGGUCAACAUAGGAAUGGAAAGUGAUUGGUAUGCGGUACAUAGAGAUUCCACACAUCUGUUUAACCUUUUGUUUUAAACCAGGCCCUCAUGGAGAUUACACCUAUGGAAAGUAACCCACC